UUGUGUGUUGGAUGGGGGGGGCAUCAGGCCAACACAGAGAAGCCCGCUCUAAAUCGAAACGAACAGCAGGGAAGAAGUGCCUUGUUGUCCGACAUAAGUAAAGGCGCCAGAUUAAAGAAAACAGUCACCAAUGACCGAAGUGGACCAUUACUAGCGGAACCCAAAGGAGGAGGUAGAGGAGGAGCUGGAGGAGGAGGAGGGGGCGGAGGAGGUAGAGGAGGAGGUGGUGGAGGAGGGAGUGUUGGAGGGGGUGCAGGUUUGGGAGGCCUGUUUGCAGGAGGGAUGCCGAAACUGCGGUCUGCGACGAACAGAGACGCCACUGACUCACCAGGACCCAGCAGAGGACCCGUGCUCCCACCGACAGGCAGAUUCAACAGCCCUAGCGCCCCAAGUGGGGGCAUCCGUAGCCCCAGCUGCCCACCUAAAUUCACAGGAGCCCCUCCGGGCAAUCCUCCUGACCACCCCAAGGCACGGCGGAGUGUAUCAUCCAGACUGGACAACUCUGGAUGUUCACCUCCCGCCUUACCCAACACACCGCGGCCAAACCAGGCCUUCCAGUCUCGCGGGGGGCCACCACCGCUCCCCGGAGGAGGAAGACCCAGCCCCUCUUCUGCACCCCCACCACCAAGCCUACCGGGAAGAUCUGGACCUCCGCCUCCCGUCCCUGGAGGCCCUGUGUCGGGCUCCCGACCGAGUUUCUCUGCUCCCCCUCCUCCACCGUCCAACAGUAGCCGGCCUCCGCUGCCACCAACUCCUGGAGGAAGACCGCCGUUCGACGAUCGCUUCCCGCCGCCUCCACCACCCGUGGGAGCUCCGUCACAAUCGAUGAUCAAUCGUGACCUGCCCCCUCCGCCACCGUCUAACAGCGCCAAACCUUUUCCUCCUGUUUCUGGCUCCUCCCCUCAUGGCCCGCCCAGUUGCAGUCCACCUUCCCUGCCGCCAGGGCAUCCAGGCCCUCCCCCGCUGCCCAACAGUCCAAAUGUCAGGGAAGACCGCGGCAAUCCACGACUGCCACAAAGGAAUGCCUCGCUCAACAGCCACAGCACAACUCCGCUUCAUGCUCGAACAGGAUCUCUGCCGCCUCCACCACAUGAAAAACCCCCGACAUUUGGCAUGGCUCACUCCUCAGUACGAACAGGUCCUCCUCCUCCUCCUCCUCCCUCCUCAAGUCGUGGAAUGAGUGGAGGCACAAGUAGGCCAUUGCCUACUCCUUCCCCAAUCGGUCGACCGGGGCCUGACAGCUCACGUUGCCCAAGCAAUAGACCUCCCCUCCCACCUGACAGGCCAAAUACAGGAAGUGCCCUUGCUCCCCCAGUACCACCCAUGAAUAAUGGCUUCCAAAACUCUCAGAUCAAUCAGUUACAGGAUGGCUGGGAAUGCCGCUUCACUUUUCAUUCCAUAUCAGAGCUUCCUCCACCAGAGCCCUACACACACAUCCAGAAGACUUACCCCAGCAAGAUAGCCAAGACUGAGGGCAGAGGUUCAGGUAAAAAGGAAAGAGGUGCUCCUCCUCUUCCUCCCAUACCUAGGUGAAGAGAUAUUGGCCGGUAUCAACGUCAUUUGGUCGCCCUUAUUGUUUGAGUCAAAACAUUUGGGUCAAAGUCUAAUGCUUUUUCUGAAAAAUGUUCAACUGUGUUUAGACCCAAAGUGAAAAAAACAUCCAUUCCUACCUUGUUUAUUUACGGAGCCCCUAAAGGAACAUGGGGGGAAAAAAAAGAAAGAAAAGAGAAACAUGUCCCUUUAGGGGUUCCGUAUUUACUGUUGUUAAUGGCUGUUGUUGUUAGCGUAUAUUUCAUUUACCAUUUAAUUGUCAUCAAUCUGUUUGUUUUUUUUUUUGCCUCACACAUUUUCCAAACUCUAGAUCUUUCCUAUUCAUUUCUCAUUCCAUACUUUCCAUGAUUUACUUUAUGUAAAGUCAACCCUGCCUUGGCAUCGCGAGCUGUUUGAUUCUGUCUACUAUUUAUGCUUUAAUAUUCUUCAUGUUCAUUUCCAAAAACACGCAUUAUCUCAUAUUGAAUAAGAGCAAAAUGAAACUCGAUCAACGUUCAUCUUGAGUGAAAAAACAUCUACCGAUCUUACAAAUAUUCAUAAGUGGCCUUAUUUCUGCGGGGUUACAUGUACAGCUCAUUCUCUUGGAUUAUGUCAUAGGUCAUAUCGGGGGAGUACUGGCUAAAGCUAUAUUCAAAUGUUCCAGGAUAAUCAUGCAGUAAACAGAAUGUAGAAUACAAAAUAAUUUUGUACAAUUUUGACAAUUGUUUUCCCCCUCUGAGAUUUUUUUCUAACUGGGCUAAAAAUGGUAAUGUCAGUAAUAUCGCAAUCAGUGGAAAAAAAGUGAUGCUUUUGAUUAUUACUGUAGGGGUUUUUUUUUAAAAAAAGUAAAAAAAAUAGACAAUUUCCUUUUUUUUUUAGACUUAUUUAAACCUCAAAAGAGCCAAAUACUUGCCUAUAAAAAAAGUAAAAAUUAAAAAAAAAAUUUAUUUCAAAGUAAUUGUUCAUGUUUACACACAUAAUCCCUUCAAAAAGGCUUGGGUUUUAGACUGAAAACUUUGAAUGCACCGUCAGUGUCUUUAUACCAACAUCAGAACCUUUACUUGAAACUGUAUCAAGUAUUAAACUUGCUUUUCCUGCUGCAUAAAUGACCAGUGAGGGUGUGUUAACUGGUUUGGUUUGUAAAUCUCACGUGUGCCUUUACAAUGUCUGUUUUUUUUUGUUGUUUUUUUUUGACAUGCGGAUGUAGUUGAAACCGCUGAAUGGUACUUUUCCUUUGAUUGUAAUGUGAUGUGAGCCUGCAGUUAAUGUUUCUGAAUGAGAUGUUGCUGGUUCUUGGUAGCACUUGGUACUUCAAAAAAAAAAAAAAAAAAAUCAGGGACUUAAUAGUGUUUUUCUUAUGAGAAUAAAUACUGAGAUUACACUGGGGUGAUGCUGUGUCCACCUUGGUCAGCUCUCUCUUAGCCAAACACGGAAAAGGUAGAAAAGUACUACUAGCAGACCACUUCAGCAGACAAACUUUUACAAAUGAAUACAAUUUCAACAUUUUUUUCCACCUGGGAAAUAUAGUAUUUGAAUGUGUUGGUCGAAGAAAAAAGUCGUAACAAAUGAAACAUGAAAGUUUAUGUCAGGGGUGUCAAACUCAUAGAACCUAAUUAGAUUAUCUAUAAAUAACAAAAAAGCUGUCAUUUCCUGAACAUGAAGCAAUUGUGUAUUUCUAAUCAUUGUAAAAUUCAUCAAACGGGCCGAAUUGAAACCCCAAGCGUUAUGUUUGACACCCCAGGGUUUACGUCAGUUGAAAAAGCAAAGAUGCUCGAUGUUUGCUUGAAACGAUGUAUAGAAAUGUUCUAUCUAUUGCAGAAAAUACCAUAAUUUUAUUUUUAACAAUAAGGUCUAGUUUUUUUUAUUGUCAUGUUUUCUAUAUUUGCACAAUAAAACUGGGCAACAAUUUGA